AUGGUCCAUCUCGCUUCUUUGUUCAGUGGCGCAGGCACCGGGGCUGCUGCCGCCGCUCUUCUGCUCUUCGCUCGCACCUCUGCAGCGCUGGAGAUCACGUACCCCACCGCCGACUCUGACGCAUACUGGGUCGCGUGCCAGAACAACACUCUACGCUGGACAUCCAACUCGUCUGACCCUAGCAUCUUCAGCGUUGCGCUCCUCAACUCCAACCAGACCCAGCUGAACGGAAACUUCCAAAUUGCCAAUUCGCUCAACACGUCUGAGCGCGAAGCGACGAUCUUUGUCGACUGCGUCCAGCCAGGCAGCUACUCUGUCCUGCUCGUCAACGCCUCGCGGUACUCACUCAACGAGCCGCAGGUCUACACGCAGAGCGCUGUGUUUGAGCUGAAGCCGAACGGGACUACGCCUGCAUCUGCGAGUACAGCUUCCUCUUCCGAAAGCAACAGGGCCACCGGAAGCAGUGGCGACAGCAGCAGCUCUAGCAACGCCUCGAGCACUACUGCCGGUGCAUCCGCCACGAACGCUGCUAACGCCGCUGCUGUUGGGCCGAGCAGCAGCGCUGCCGGCUUGAACAGCGUCCUGCUCGGCAUGGCCACGACGGCAGUCGUCUCCCUUGGCCUUGCAGCAUCCCUGUUCUGA